GCGCCUGCGGCAGCGACGGGAGCGUCACUGGCCACGGCCCCUUUGGUUCCGCCUCCGACACCACCGGCCACUGCUGCGCCUCAGCAGCUGAGGCCGACGCCUGCACCGAUGCGUCCGCGGUGCAACUCUGUGCUGCACCUCUAUGGCGCGUGGCUGUUCGAGGCUGCACUGGCGGGUUCUGAACUCGACGCGCAGGGUAGUUCUGGCCCCCUUCAGGCUGAAGGCACCGAGAGCAGCAUGCACUCACGCUCGGGCUCAGCUCCUUGAGUCCGGCGGUAGCGGAAGCAAUAGCACUCGCAGCGCAGUCUCAGCCUCGGGAGGCGGCUCGACGUCCUUGCCGGGUAUGCCAGAGGCCAUUGAGUUCCCCCCGUGCCUGAGCAUCGAGAGCUUCGAGGCUGGCCAGGCCGAAGCCGUGGGCACGCUCUGCCGUCUCUUCUGCUCCAAGCGUACGGGCGAGGAGAUCCUGCCCGUCUACUUCUCCCGGUUCUACCUCGCCCUGCAGCACUGCCUGGGCAGCAUCGAGCUGCGGAGUCAGGUGGUGGCCAGCAUCCUGCUCAACUCGUGCAACCUCUUCCGCCAAGAUCUGGAGGGAGUCAACGUCCUGCUGCCGCUCUUCCUACAAGCUCUCGAGUCUGUCUUCUGCGCCGAUAAGGAUUCCAAGAUCAGGUCUCUCUCCAACGUGCCCCAAGUUGAACUGCGUUGGGCUUCAACACACCUGUUGCUGUCGAUGCUGCCUUUGCCGUUGCACUAUGGGAACCUUACUUUGAAAGAUUUUGGCACAAACCAGUCCAUCACAUUUCAGUCACUGCGAGCGCGGCUUAUGAACCUGCUGAUUGGAGCGUUGCAGAUAGAAACGGAUUCGACCAACACCCAGAUGUUGCUUGGUGGCCUGCUGUUCUGCGUCCAAGAUGCAACGGCUUAUGAGGAGGCCAACCAGGUCACGCAACCGGGGCCCUCCGGAGGCCAGGACAACGCCAGCAUGACUUACUCUAACCUUCUGUGCUCAGAUGACGAGGUGUCAGCACGAGAAAAGUCGUGUAGUGCGUCAUCUGACUCGGAUGCUGAAUCGUGGUCAAGCUCAGAAGACUGUGGUAAAUGCACUUGGGCCAGAUGUGUACGGCUUGUCUAUUCGGCCAAUGCUCUAUUUGUGCGUUCCAUCUACCUUGUCUGCCACCGGCUGAUUUCCUCUUGGAAGACCGACGUCCACGUUUCACUGGCCGCGCUCGAGGUGUUGUCGGGACUUGCGAGAAUUCGCCAGCCCCAGCAAGACUCUCUCGAGUGUCCGCGCGCCGUGAAGUGGAUCUGCGACUUCAUCGUGUACCAGUGUCAGCGACCGCCGCCGUUCCACUCGCGCGACCUCCACUCGACCAUUGUGGCGGCGUUCCAGUGCCUGACGGCGUGGCUCAUGGCGCACCCUCUCCUCAUGCAAGACAAGGAGACUGUGCACCAUGUGCUCGAGGUCGUCGAACUCGGUAUAUCGGGAUCCAAGUCGCAGCCGAAGGUGUCUGAUGUACCCCAGCUGAAAGCCGAAAAGGAGCUCAAACCUUCCUCCCUUCGUGUUCGAGAUGCUGCCGAAGCUCUCUUGUCAUGCAUGAUGGAUCACGUGGGCUACUUCCCUAAGAUGGCCGGUCCGGAGACAUUGUCUUCCCUGCUUGAUGAAGAGGCGCUGCUCAAGUUUGGGAACGCCGACGCCACGUCAUCACUGCCGGAAGCCGUUGGCAAGCACUUUCGCUACUUCGUCUCGCAAAACUCCGCCGUUAUCGCCGUGCUGGAACAAAACCUCGGCAAUGAUCAGGGUGCACUUCCAACCGUGACACUUUUGGUCAGGGUCCCUUUUGGGAGGCACGCGUGGACAAUGCAGCUGCGUCAUCUUCCACGCCACAAGUCUGGUGCUCGAAGUGCCGCUGUGAACCCAGGCAGGCCGAUGCCCUGUUACGAACCAGCGGAGCGAACCAACCCGCCUCCGUCACUCUUUCCCGAAAGCAUCGUCGAAAUUCCCACCUGCGAAAUCGACAAGAGCAUACCAGACCCGACGUCACAGACGCUGACGCGCGAUGAGGCCCAAAUGUUGGGCUUCCUCGACCAGCAGGCCAAGGUCGAGAAAAGCAUCUGCCGACGAUGGGAAGAGGCCAUGCUAGAGCAGGACUUCCCAGAUCCGGCCACGGACUGCCACGCUCCUAGUGUUUGUCAAGAUUUCCAGACUGCCCGCCUGUUCCUGUCUCACCUGGGAUUCCUCUGGGAUGACGUCACAAAGGUGGCGGGUACGGGAAACGGCCAGCCCCUGAUGGCCCUGAACCAGAACCAGGCGGGGUUCUACAGUGCACUCGACAGCCUUGACCGCAUCCCGUCACGCACCAAUGACACCGUGUUCGUCUUCUAUGUCAAGGAGGGUCAGGUGACCCCGCUCGAGAUCCUCGGCAACGUGACGAGCAGCCGAAACGUGCACCCCCAGUUCCUGGAGUUCCUGCGGUCCUUGGGCUGGCCGGUGGAUGUGGGAAUGCACACUGGCUGGACUGGCAACGUAGCCACGUCGUGGCGAGUCACCAGUGGGGAUUUCAACAUUGCUGACCUGCCAGCAGAUCAUGGUGGAAGCCUGUACAGCGGCCACCACCAGGUCCUGUACUGGUCGGACGUGCUCUCUGAGCUAGUCUUUGUGGUCCCUUCGCCCAAGAACCUUCCCAGAGACGUUGCGUCUGGUGAAGUCACCCUAAGGCCCAAAGCCGACAGCUUCCCCGAGCGGUCAACGACGACCAUGAUGGGAGCGGCGAUGUAUGACGGCAUGACGGCAGGGGCCGAGGGGCAACCGGAGAAGGUGCAGCGUGCCAUGUCUCUCAACAUCGACGCGACUGAGACGGUGACGCGUCCUGCCCGGUCACGACCAGCACGCAUGCCGAAUGUGACACUGGCCGAACUCAAGGUGCUGGUUGUGUGGCUUGAGAGCUUCGAAGACCACGUCUGCUUUCCCCUGAGCGAAUUGCUACCUGCCACAAAUACCGGCCAGGAAACCCCAUCUGGACGCGGGGACGUGUUUGUGAUAUUCGUCCAUGCUCUGCAGAGUGGCUUGUUUCGCAUAAAAGUGCAAAGCCGAGGAACCAAAACCAUGCAGGCAUUGCCACUGGUGGACGGAAUGGUCGUCAGUCGCCGUGUCCUGGGUGUCCUUAUCCGCCAGACUGCUCUCAACAUAUGCCGGAGACGGCGGCUAGAAGCCGAGAUGUGUCCACCCCCGCACGUGAGGCGCCGGAUGAAGAUUCAAGAGAUAGGAACCAAGUUCCAGCAGCCACAAGGGCAGCCAGAACUUUACGAGCAACUAUUCAGGAGCACCCACUGAGCCAGCGUCAGGCAGCGACAAACUUCAGAACAGGAGCAGCAUGGCUUUCCAACAUCGCGUAUUUGUGCCCGACAUCAUUGCCGCUGCGAGUUUCAGUAUUCGGGAGAGGUCUGCCACGUGACAGUGGCUCAUAGUGCUGUGAGCGGCGAAACAUGACAAUCAGUGGUCGUGCCCCCGUUUCAAAAAAAGGCGGGGGCAUGACUGUGAUACGAAGACAUGCUCCCACAUGGCUUUGCGAGGUGGAAGUUACCUCUUGGUCACUUUCUGUGGAAGGACAGCUGUCCUGUCGCAGGACAUUCCGUGGUGUAUGUACGCAGCCACCUUGCCUUGAGAGCGGUGCACGAAUGCCAUCUUGUUGAUCGGUGCAAGUUGAAGUAACGACAUGUUGCGAAGUGGGACUGCCCUGGUAGAUGUCCUGAUGUGCAAUUAUGCUGCGUGUAUUAUGGUGUCAUGGACACAUAUGCGUCCUUUAAUGUGUCACUGUGGAAGUGUUAGGUGACGGUUAUUGUAAGAUAAUAAGUUGCAUUCCUGCUGACCGUGUAACAUUUAUGGAUGAAUGAGAUUCAAAUAAGACGAUUUACGUAUGAGCGCCGAAUGCAAGAAUUUCGUGAAUGGAUUUCUUACAAGGGUUCAGUUCCAUUUUACCCUACAAAGAAUGGUGUAUUGAACAUCACAGUUCUAAUUAUACAGACUACGUUUCUACCAUCCUCAAACACAAUCUUCAAAUUUUUUUAUUUUCCAAUUCGAAUCUUCGUGUUCUGUUUUCCUUGUCCACGAUAGGGUUACUUCGACAUAAUACAAAAAUGUUGUUUAUGUGUCGGUUAUGUACUUCGUACUUAACAAUUUGUACUAACGUACGAGAAGUAGCAGUGUAUAUUAUUGCUUUAUGUGAAAAUGCUGCGUCAUUUGUCAAGCACUAGAAACAUUGCAUGUUCUGCAAGGAAUCGGCCUUAGCGAGCAUUGCUGCACGCUCCCUUGACAAAGCGUAAAGUUGAUUUACGCAUACGUCUUGUAGAAUGUUGAAUGAUAAUAUGUUGUACGAGUAGUGGUAUCACUGAAGGUCACUCUAAUUUGAAUUGUUCGUAAAGAACCUUAUUCACUUGAAACAUGAUGUGGAACCAUUAUGCAUUUUAACGAUGUAAUAUAUAGUGACAUGUAUUGGUCUGGGUGUUCAUGCCUUGCUCAUUACAAGCUUAUGAAGUGAUGAAACGAAGAAAAAAAAGGCAACACAAGUAGCUGUAUAAGAGAUAAACAUAUAGAAGAAACAUGAACAAAUCGAGGCACCUCGCUGAUUUCUGUAAAUGGUGGUACUCAAGGUCAUCUAGUAAGCUGCCCCGUAGGAUCAAUAUGUCAUGCUUGUUAAGUAGAACCGAUGCAGAGUUCCACAAUGCUCAAUACAAGAAAGAUAAUGAUGAAGUUUUUCACGCAGCCACACACAGGGGGCAUUGUUUCUGAGCACUUGCAUGUGUAAUGCCUUGUUUAUAAUGAAUUGUUAUACACAAAAAUUUGUGUGCACCAUCGUGGAACAAGGAAGUCUGGUCGAACAGGACUCGUUUCCAUUAGUGUAAAUAUACAGGCCUGCCAAUUUGCAUGUCACUGUACAGAGUGGUACAGCUGCCCAAUGUUUUAAUAUCACGUGAGCAUGAACCAAAAACAGCACCAUCGCUUUUUGGUAGGGCAAACGUGUCACAGUGAAUGAAACAGCCUUCUGCUCGGCACAUGUGCAAUAUUGCUAAAGAAUUGGGCAGUAAGCACUUCCUUCCUAAUGCGAGGACAAAGAAGCCAAGUGGUACAGGAGUUCAUGUUUCCCUUGAGUGCAAAUUCCUGUGGCAAUUGCCACUACAAGAACGCUACAGAGGCAAGGGGAUAGUAAAAGCAAGUUCACUUAUAGGUACUUAUGAGUAAUUAAAAGAACACACAAAAUGCACAGGCAUUUAUUCAGUAUGAAUGAAUGCAGCACACACAAACCUGUAUUUUAGGAUACCACAUCCAUUAUAGUAUUUCUGCGUCGAGACAAUAAGGCUGUUUUUAAUUAUAUUACCGUCUUGACACUAGACAGAAGUGGUUUCAUUCAAGUGGUGUGUGCGUCUCUGGCAGUCAUUGAGAGCUGAAGUACCAACAACGGUCAGUGCUGUAAAAAUUGUGCCAGGAAGUGCCGAGUGCAAACGAAGACGCAGCCUUUAAGAAAUAAAUUCAAGAAAUGACAAG